GAGUCUCGUCCAUCUAUAUGUGCAUAUAAACUAUUCUUUUUCUUCAGAGACAGAGGGAGAAACCGAGAGUGGGGGUGGAGGUGGAGGAAGAGGAGGAAAAAGGAAACAGUUUCAUGAUCUGUGGCGUAACCUUCAAACUGCCGCUCCUGCUUAGUUCUUGAUCUCUUCCUCCUCCCCUUUCUCUUUCUUUCUUACUUUCUUUCCUCUUGCAACUGCGCGCACGACACAUAAACAGAGAUGGUCUACCUUCAGGUCGGAGUUGCCUGAGACCAAUGCCGAAGGAACGGAUCGGAUCCCUAAUCCUGUAAUCAACAUUCUCGUUGUCGUCCUCCUCCUCCUUCUCACAGACGGAAGAGAGAGAGUCGUUGUCGGAUUUAUCGGGUGGGAAGGGAAGAUGGCGGAACCUGCAGAGCCUAAGGCGGUGGUAGAAGCGGAGAAAAAGAAAGAGCAGAGCGUGCCCUUCUACAAGCUCUUCUCCUGCGCGGACGGCCUUGAUUGGUUGCUCAUGUCGCUUGGCUCCCUCGGCGCCGUUGUCCACGGCUCGGCCAUGCCCGUCUUCUUCCUCUUCUUCGGUGACCUCGUCAACGGCUUCGGCAAGAACCAGGAAGAUCCCUUGAAGAUGACCCACGAGGUCUCAAAGUACGCUCUCUACUUCGUCUAUCUCGGACUCAUUGUUUGCGCCUCCUCUUAUGCAGAAAUCGCGUGUUGGAUGUACACCGGAGAAAGGCAAGCAAGCAAGCUCAGGAUAAAGUACCUUGAAGCCGUGCUGAAGCAGGAUGUGGGGUUCUUCGACACUGAUGCGAGAACUGGCGACAUAGUCUUCACCGUCUCCACAGACACCCUGCUCGUCCAGGACGCCAUCAGUGAGAAGGUCGGAAAUUUCAUCCACUAUCUCUCCACUUUUCUUGCGGGAUUAGUGGUUGGCUUUGUGUCGGCAUGGAGGCUUGCCCUGCUGAGCGUCGCCGUCAUACCGGGCAUCGCUUUCGCUGGAGGUUUAUAUGCAUAUACUCUCACUGGCUUGACUUCGAAGAGCCAGGAAUCCUACGCAACUGCCGGAACUGUUGCAGAGCAGGCUAUUGCGCAAGUUCGUACAGUGUAUUCGUUUGUAGGAGAAAACAAAUCCCUGAAUGCGUACUCAGAAGCCAUACAGAACACGUUGAAGCUUGGGUACAAGGCUGGGAUGGCAAAAGGUUUGGGAAUUGGAUGCACUUAUGGGAUAGCAUGCAUGUCAUGGGCUCUCGUCUUCUGGUAUGCUGGAGUUUUCAUUAGAAAUGGGGUGACUGAUGGUGGUAAAGCAUUCACAGCCAUAUUUUCGGCUAUUGUUGGAGGAAUGAGUUUAGGUCAGUCCUUCUCAAAUCUUGGGGCCUUUAGCAAGGGAAAGGCUGCUGGGUAUAAACUGAUGGAGAUUAUUCAGCAGAAACCCUGUAUCACUCAUGACACCGCUAAAGGGAGUGCAUUGGACCACGUGGAAGGCAAUAUAGAGUUCAAAGAUGUCACCUUCAGCUACCCCUCGCGACCGGAUGUGCUCAUAUUUAGAGGGCUUUCCAUCAUUAUACCGGCUGGUAAAACAGUUGCUGUAGUUGGGGGUAGUGGGUCCGGAAAGAGUACAGUUGUCUCUCUUAUCGAGAGAUUCUAUGAUCCUAAUCAGGGACAAGUUUUGCUAGAUAAUGUGGACAUCAAAACUCUGCAACUAAGUUGGCUAAGGGAGCAAAUCGGUCUGGUAAACCAGGAACCGGCACUUUUUGCGACCACCAUACUAGAAAACAUACUAUAUGGCAAGCCAGAUGCUACAACGGAAGAAGUUGAAGCUGCUGCCACCGCUGCAAAUGCGCAUAGCUUUGUCGCUUUGCUUCCUAAUGGCUACAAUACACAGGUUGGAGAACGUGGAAUUCAACUGUCUGGUGGCCAAAAACAGCGAGUUGCCAUUGCCAGGGCAAUGCUCAAGAACCCCAAAAUCCUCCUCCUCGAUGAAGCAACUAGUGCUCUUGAUGCAGCUUCGGAGAGCGUUGUCCAAGAAGCCCUUGAUAGACUGAUGGUCGGCAGGACCACCGUUGUGGUUGCACACCGUCUCUCUACCAUUAGGAAUGUUGAUACCAUCGCUGUUCUUCAGCAGGGUCAAAUCGUGGAGCUGGGAAAUCAUGAAGAGCUUCUAGCUAAGGGCAGCUCUGGUGCCUAUGCUUCCCUCAUCCGCUUCCAGGAGAUGGCUGGAAGUGGCCACGUCCUUGCUUCAGCAUUCUCACGGCGUUCUCGCUCCUCCCGCCUCAGCCAUUCCCUCUCCACAAAAUCACUGAGCCUUCGGUCCAGCAGCCUGAGAAACUUGAGUUAUCAGUACAGCACUGGAGCAGAUGGAAGGCUGGAAAUGAUAUCCAAUGCUGACAUGAAAAAUCCCGUUCCAGAUGGUUAUUUUUUUAGGUUAUUGAAGCUAAAUAUGCCGGAAUGGCCAUAUACCAUCCUGGGCGCAGCUGGUUCUGUGCUCUCUGGUUUCAUUGGGCCAACAUUUGCAAUCCUUAUGGCCAACAUGAUUGAAGUUUUCUAUUAUAGGAAUCUUGGAGUCAUGGAAUCAAAGACCAGAGAAUUCGUAUUCAUUUACAUUGGAGUGGGACUUUAUGCUGUCGUCGCUUAUCUGGUUCAGCACUACUUCUUCAGUAUCAUGGGUGAGAACCUGACGACCCGGGUCAGGAGAAUGAUGCUGUCAGCAAUCCUGAGGAAUGAAGUUGGAUGGUUUGAUGAAGAUGAGAACAACUCAAGUCAGCUUGCCGCUCGUCUUUCGACUGAUGCAACCAAUGUGAAGUCUGCCAUCUCAGAGAGAAUCUCCGUGAUACUCCAGAACAUGACCUCUCUGCUCACAUCCUUCAUCGUUGCUUUCAUCAUCGAGUGGCGAGUCUCUCUGCUCAUUCUUGCAACUUUUCCUCUUCUCGUGCUGGCCAAUUUCGCCCAGCAACUUUCACUCAAGGGCUUUGCUGGGGAUACAGCCAAAGCACAUGCCAAAGCUAGCAUGGUCGCAGGGGAAGGAGUUAGCAACAUCCGAACAGUCGCUGCCUUUAAUGCCCAAGAUAAGAUCCUUGGUCUCUUCCGAAACGAGCUCAGGGUGCCUCAGCGCCGCAGUCUCCGGCGCAGUCAACUUUCCGGCUCCCUCUUCGGCGUCUCCCAACUCUGCCUUUAUGCCUCCGAGGCCCUUAUUCUCUGGUACGGCGUCAGACUGGUGCAGCAUGGUACCUCCACCUUCUCAAAGGUCAUCAAGGUCUUCGUGGUACUCGUCGUCACUGCCAAUUCUGUGGCUGAGACGGUGAGUCUCGCCCCAGAGAUCAUCAAGGGUGGCGAAGCCGUUAGCUCAGUAUUCGCCAUCCUCGAUCGCCAAACCAGGAUAGAUCCCGACGAGCCCGAUAACGAGCCCGUCGAGGAGGUAAGAGGUGAGAUUGAGUUCCGCCAUGUCGAUUUUACGUAUCCUUCGAGACCGGACGUGAUAAUCUUUAAGGAUCUCAAUCUCCGCAUUAGAGCCGGCCACAGCCAAGCUCUUGUUGGCGCCAGUGGGUCUGGCAAGAGCUCCGUGAUUGCAUUGAUAGAGCGCUUCUAUGAUCCCAUAGCCGGGAAAGUCCUAAUCGACGGGAAGGACAUCCGGCGGCUCAAUCUCAAGUCCCUACGCCUGAAAAUCGGUCUGGUGCAGCAAGAACCUGCACUGUUUGCGGCUAGCAUUCAUGAUAACAUAUGUUACGGCAAGGAAGGGGCAACAGAAGCAGAGGUGGUGGAGGCAGCAAAGGCGGCAAAUGCUCACGGAUUCAUCAGCGGUUUGCCGGAUGGCUACAAGACUGCAGUGGGAGAAAGGGGUAUCCAACUAUCCGGCGGGCAGAAGCAGAGGAUUGCCAUUGCGAGGGCUGUGCUGAAGAACCCGGCCGUGCUACUCUUGGAUGAAGCAACCAGCGCGCUUGAUGCGGAGUCUGAGCAUGUGUUGCAGGAGGCGUUAGAGAGGCUGAUGAAGGGGAGGACGACGGUGGUGGUGGCACAUCGUCUAUCUACGAUAAGGGGCGUGGACAGCAUCGGGGUCAUGCAGGACGGGAGGAUUGUGGAGCAGGGCAGCCACGCCGAGCUCAUCUCUCGUCCCGACGGCGCUUACACCCGCCUUCUCCACUUGCAACACCUUCACCACCACCAUGCUUGAGUCUUGUGGGCAGCUGGAAUUUGUUUAUGCAGGCCUUUCCUCUCCGUUAUGUUCCCUACCCGUUGGUCUUGUAUGUCUUCUGUUUUCUCCUUUGCUUGUAGAUACGACGGAACAUCUUUUGGACUCAAACUGUGAUUGCACAAUAUCUUAUAUGCUAGAUAUAUUACGAUCUAUGAAUGGUCGAUUAUCUCCAA